GGAAAACAGAGAAUCCGACGACAAUGGUGAAAGUCGCGUCGUUCUUCGCUAUGACUUUGGCGGCGUUCGCUUUCUGGCAGUCCAUGGACAAGGUCCAUGUCUGGAUCGCUCUUCAUCAAGACGAGAAGAAAGAAAGAAUGGAGAAGGAGGCGGAGGUAAAGCGGGUUAGAGAAGAGCUACUUCGGCAGGCUAGAGAGGAAGAUCCUCUUGCCUGAACUCGAUCAUACUUUUUCGAGUAACGUUUCUCUCAUUUCCCUUCUCCUCGCCUUGUUGCUGUUUCGCCAUUGAUUCUGCGCAAAACAAACAAACCCAUGCUUUAAAUUUGGACGGUGGUGAAUAAUGGACUUUCACUCUUUGUUAGCAAGUGAUGAAAUGAAAUUCCUCCUUUGUUCCUCAAUUACCAUUUCCUGCAGGAAUCAUUGUUCAGUGUUAUCACUAUUUUCACAUUUUAAAAAAAAACUCGGGAUUAUAUUAUAUGAUGUUUGUUGUGUUUA